CUUUUGAAGGUCGACUGACGACAUAUAAGGGCAACUUGUGUUCACAAGUUGUUCACCGGACAGCAGAGGAGCUCUCAUCUGCAGGUUUUUCUCAGUCCGUUGUCUUCAACAUCUGACUUCUUCACCGAGAUGCUGCCCCUCUCUUUACUUUUGUGUGCCAUUGUGGCGCUGGCAACAGCUCAGGGCGGCAACCACACGAGAUCGCUGGCAGCAGCCGCUUGUCCGGCUGGCUGGACCCAACACAAGAACCGCUGUUUCUUCUUUGAUGCGACACAAAAGACCUGGGUUCAGGCCGAGGCGCGUUGCCAGGCCAUCGGAGGGAACCUCGCAUCUGUAGCGAGCGAUGACGAAUAUGCAUUCAUUCAGACGCUGACUCAGACUCCCACGUGGCUCGGAGGCUCAGAUUGUCAAACGGCCGGGGCCUGGUUUUGGAUGGAUGGUAACCAAAUGAAGUGGAGAUUCUGGUGUCCACUAAAACCAGACAACGAGCUGUCACAGUGCUGCAUGCAGAUGAAUGCUGGCGGGGAUAAAUGCUGGGACGAUGUGCCCUGUAGCUCCACCCUUCCGUUUGUGUGCGCGAGGUCUCUUUAGGGGAAUCCAACAAUGGAGUAACUGCACGUGUACGAUCAAUAUUGUCAAUAUUGACCGUGGAUGGUGACCCACUGGAGUUGGGCUGCAGCGAUUGAGAUGGAACUCGUUCAUCCUUUCGUGUGUUGAGCAGAAAUAAAAUCUGAAGCCU